GGAAAAAGAGGCAGUAACCACACCAGGAGACCUUCUGCUGGGUGGCCACCAUCUCUCAAUUACCCAUAUGAAAGAAGUUACCUUCGAAUGACAGAAAUUCCUACAUUUGACAGAUUUCUAAGGCCAGACAUCAGUCCUGGAGUGUGUGGUGGUCCUGAAAAGCCCUUCGGCUCUGGAAUCCGUCCGUUCUGGGUUGGAAUCCUAUUUCUGCUGCUUACAGCCAGUUUGUGACAGGAGCACUCACAUCCCCCUUUGAAAGCCAAAGUCCAGAAAACGUUCAGGAGUUGGAACCUAGACUUUCUUAUCCAUCUCAGCUCUAUCACAGAUCUGCUUUGCUGUUUUCUUUUGGCGGUGGCAGUCUCUCUGGUGGUCAUUGUAAUAGCAGUUUACUGCCAACACAAACAAGAGCACUGUAUGUAAGUUUUGUGGGCGGUUCAUCAACUUUAUCAAAAAGUGCUGUAGGACCACUGGCCUCAUUCUGUGCUUGAUCAUAUCAAUAGCCUCAAUUCUCAAGCAAACCAACCAUAGAACAAUUCCGUGCCAGCCCCCACAGAAUCCAUUAUCACUAAAAACCCAUUUGCUACAGCUUUCAGUAAUAUUUUUAUCUACUGAGGAGAUAGUUGAGGCAUGGAGCCUGUGUCAAUCCCCGUACUGAUUGCUGGACUUGUUGAUUGUGUAGCCCAGUUAAUAAGAGUAGCCGAAGAGCUUUUACAGCUGAUAUCACAAGAACAAGCUCCUUUUGUAGAGCAGAAUGGUAGUGCAGAACAGAUAGAAAUGGAUGCACCUUCUCCUGAGGAAUCUUCGCUCCCAGACCUUGCUGAUUUCUCAGACCUCGAGUCAAUACUUGUACCAAGAGAAGAAGAAGACCUAAUCCUUGACAUAGAUCAAGCGAUGUUAGACAUAGAAGAUUUAUAUGAAGAUGUACUCUCCGGUAUAAACGAUGACCUAAGAAGUGGAUAAGAUCUAAUUGGCCCCCAGCAACAUGUGA